UCGAGAGAAAUUGCUCUGGAGAUCGAGCUAGCUGCUAGCAUCUUUGUAUUUUAUAUUAAGCAUAUCCAUAGCUAUAUAUAUGUGUGCAGUACUUAUAUAUGUGUGCAGUACUAGCUGUAUUUCAAUUUUUCCAAGUAAAAUAUCUAAAGCCAAUCUAGGGGAAGAUCAUUUGGAUACCAGAGACCAGAGGGAGAGAUCGAGGCAGAUUGGAGGAGAAGCAACAAGCAAGGGAAGAUCGAUUAGUAGUACUCGGGGAAAUGAAUAUUAAUCCGGGGGCCACAUCGAAUUGUUUCCAAGGUAUGUACUCCAUGACGGGUCAAGAUACAGUUUCGUCGUUUUCACUCGAACCAGACUCAUCAUCAUCUGGAGCAGUACUACCCCAAGAUCAGAAUCACUCGAAUUCUCUUCUCUACAGCCUCUCCGUCCUUAAAGAGAAAGUUCAUCAAGCCAAAUCGCUGGUCGGCGUCCUUAUUGCUCCUCCAGAUCAUCACCAAAGUCAACAACAACAACUUCCAGAGUCAACGACCAUGGGCGCCGUGGCGAGCAUGAACAAUGUUAUCCAAGAAAUCAUCGUCACCGCGUCUUCGAUGAUGUUCACUUGCCAGCAGAUGGCCCUUGUUGCUCCAGGUAACGACACAAGAUCUGAACCAAACUUUAGUACUAGUACUGCUGGUCGUAGCAACAUUAGAGACGCUGCUUUCUAUUCAACAAAUGAUCAAACACUCGAUUGGUUUAGUACUGAGAACUACAACAACUGUCCCACUAGGGAUGUGAUCAGUAGGAGUCAUGGACAGGUCGAAACGAAAGAGUUUCCUCAAAGAGUUGAAACCAACAAUGCGUUACAGGUACAAAAUCUUCCCCCAAAGAACUCGAGCUACGACAUAAUUGAGUUGGAUGCUGCUGAUUUGUUGGCCAAGUACACUCAUUACUGCCAAGUUUGCGGGAAAGGGUUCAAGCGUGAUGCAAACUUGAGAAUGCACAUGAGGGCUCAUGGGGAUGAAUACAAGACUAGCAUUGCCUUGAGCAACCCUUUGAAGAACAACAAUAAGCAGAAUAGUGCAGUGAACAUACAUGGAUCGAGCGAUGCUGAGUGUUCGGUGAAAUUACCGAGGAAAUAUUCAUGUCCUCAAGAAGGGUGCAGAUGGAAUCAAAAGCACGCCAAAUUCCAGCCUCUGAAGUCCAUGAUCUGCGUGAAAAAUCACUACAAGAGGAGCCAUUGUCCGAAGAUGUAUAUAUGUAAGAGGUGCAAUCGGAAGCAGUUUUCUGUGUUAUCUGAUCUAAGAACGCAUGAAAAGCACUGUGGGGAUCUCAGGUGGCAAUGCUCUUGCGGAACCACAUUUUCUAGGAAAGAUAAGCUUAUGGGUCAUGUUGCUUUGUUCGUUGGACACACACCAGUUAUAUUCAGUUCUAAUUUGCCUAUUAGGCAUGGAAAAGCUGUGAACUAAGCAACCGGCCUGAUGCAGUGAAAUAAGUGGUAAUCAAAGAAAUGCUUUUGCUUUUGUUUGUUAUGUACAUUACUUUUUCAGUAAGUUGAAUUUCAUACUACAAUUAGGUAGUUGGUGUGUUAAGUUUAGCAUUAGAUACAUUGUAAUUAAACAGACUGUUUAAUUUCCAUUGCCUUGAUCUUUAUUUUCUGUGUUGAAACUUUUGUUUUCUACCAUUUUCAUAUAUCAAGGCAGUUCAUGUACUGAUUAGGCCAAUUUAUAGCAAUAAAUA